AUGUCUGGCGUCUGGGGCUGGUUCGGCGGCGGCGGCGGCGCCAAGAAGAAGAAUGACGCCAAAGAUGCGAUCCUUGGCCUUCGGGUCCAGCUCGAUAUGCUUCAGAAGAGAGAAAAGCACCUCCAAAACCUGAUGGACGAACAAGACGCUAUUGCGAGGAAGAACGUCAACACCAACAAGAACGCCGCAAAGGCUGCCUUACGUCGCAAGAAGGGCCACGAGCAUAGCCUCGAGCAGACUAUAUCUCAGAUUACGACACUCGAGUCCCAGAUCAACGCUAUCGAGUCGGCGAAUAUCAACCGGGAGACGCUGCUGGCAAUGGAGAAGGCCGGCCAGGCCAUGAAGGGCAUCCACGGCAAGCUUACAGUCGACAAGGUGGACCAGACAAUGGAGGAACUCCGCGAACAGAAUGCCCUCAGCGAGGAAAUCGUCAACGCCAUUACGACGGGCCAGACGGACAACAUCAUCGACGAGGAUUUGGAAGAGGAGCUGGAAAAUAUGCAGCAGGAGCAGUUGGACGAGCAAAUGAUAAGCACCGGGUCAGUGCCAGUGUCGGAUGCCGUCCAUCGCAUGCCGGCUGCAGCGAAUGGAGAAAUCAAAGGCAAGGCGCCCAUUGCCGAAGAGGACGACGAAGAGGCCGAGCUUCGCAAGCUGCAGGCGGAAAUGGCCAUGUAA